GUACAUAAAAAAAUUCGUGUGUAAUUUGCCCGCAAACAUUAACAAACGUGAGCAAAUAAUCGGAAACGGUGCGAGAGAGAUAGCGAAAAAGCGAGCACGGUGCUGGAAACAAUAUUUAAGCCACAAAUCGAGCAGAAGUUAAGAAUUGAUCAAUCGAACAGUGCUGCGGUACCUCUUGGUGGGUCGAUUGCGCUGGUCCAGAGGUGCCUGUGGCCCGUGGCCUGUGGGCCCCCAGUGGUGGUUUAGAAAAGACCUGCAAGGGUGGUGGGCAGCUCAGUAUAGAUUGCUGCAGUCCGCCCCCAGUAUCUCUCACCAGCUGGAAAACAACAUAAAAAAUCGAGCACAACAAGAAGAACCAGCAAGCUGCAUUGGCGGCUAAUUGGAUUAGUCAGUAGCGGAGAUGGCCACGACACAGCAGUACUCGCUGCGGUGGAAUAACUAUCUGCGCCACCUGACCUACUCACUGGACAACCACCGGCUGAACGAUGAUUUCGUCGAUGUCACCCUGUGCGUGGACGGCAGGAAGAUCAAGGCCCACAAGGUGGUACUGUCCUCGUGCUCAUCGUACUUUAAGGAGAUAUUCAAGGAGAAUCCCCAUCCGCAUCCAGUCAUUAUAUUUAAGUUUAUCAAAUUCGAAGAUCUCAACUCGAUAAUCGAGUUCAUGUACCAGGGCGAGGUAAAUGUACAGCAGGAGGCAUUGCAAUCGUUCCUGCAAACAGCCGAGCUGCUUGCCGUCCAGGGCCUUACCGCCGAGGAGAAGGAGAAGCCGCAGUUGCCGGCGUUGCCGCUCAGCGAUCAUAAGAUCAUCAAGACCAUACCCAGCACCAUAAGAGCGGUCAACGAUCAGCAGCAGCAGCAGCAGCAACAGCAGCAGGUGCCCAGCGUGGCACAGGCGCAGACAGCAACGCAAACCAUCGAAAUCCCCACGGCCACACUGUUACAGGCAACGGCUGCCAGUCAGGUUCAGACGCAGGUGGCUGCUGCCGCCCAGCUUCAGGUCCAGCAGCAGCAGCAGCAGGCGCAGUCUCAGUCGCAGCAGCAGCAUCAUCAUGUACAAACCAAUCAAAUACAACACAUCCAGGUGCAAUCGGCGCCACCACCACCACAGCAGCAGCAGCAGCAACAGACACAGCAGCAGCUAACACAGCCAGUGGCUACAACACCACAGCAUCUGACCAUCACGAAUGCGGUGGCCCUGGCCGCGGCGAAGAAGCGCAAGCUAACCUUCUCCGACGAUGAUGACAACAUCUACACCACCGAAACGGUCGCCUAUUCCGGCAAGGAUGACCAGACUAUUGUGAAAACUUCUGAUAUGACCUUCCUACGAAGCGCAGUCAAAAUGGAUAUACCCGACUAUAUUGUAAGCGAGGUGGAUGAUCGCCUUUCGGACGGCGCCACGCCGCAGACGUCACAGGAUGCCACGACCGGUGCAGCGCAAACGGUGGCCCAAUACUCAUCCGAAUACGAGAUACUAACCGAGUCAGAGAUCGAGGAGAAAUAUCAAGCGGAUGCGGAAAAUGCCGAGAUAGCCAUCGAAAUGACCCGCCUGCUAGGCAGUGGGACGGGGGCAACAUCCACGCCGCAUGCAGUCCUAGAGGAUGGCAGCCCGUCGGCAGUUCCCUCGACUACGGUGUCCCUGACGCCGGUCAAGGCGGACGGCAAGGGCGGCAACGUGGCGCCAAAUGCCCCGAGUGGAACUGGAGGUGGACCUGGACUUCGAUUAGGAACUGAUACGGAUACCGAUCCGCUGGCCGAGGAUGAGACAGCGCCAGAGAUGCCACUCAUCUGUCACUUUUGCAAGCGUCGCCUCAAGUCAACGAACGCCUUGAGGCGACACAUCGCUUCCAGGCACUCGGAGAUACAGGACAAACAGCACGAGUGCUAUAUCUGCAUGAAGAGCUUCAAGACCAAGUGGUCCCUGUCCACGCACAACUCUCGUUUCCAUCGCGAUCUGCGUCAGAGCAAGGAGUUCAUCAAAAUCGAAACGGCCGAUCACUGAAGCAAAUGGUUAAACAUCAACUGAGACACAAAAACUAUUUUCAUACCCGGUAUUUGGCAGAAGGAAGCGUGUUCGAACAACCUAACCCUGAAUCAGCAUUCUUCGUCCAUUUCGUCCGUAUGUUUUGAAACGAUCUAUGAAUCACGAAUGGGAAAUGGGAAAGACUGUCGGAAUCCAUAACAUUUGCCCCAUAGACCACAGACAAUAUCGAUCAGGUCAUAAUAGCUAUAUAAUAAACGCUCUCACUACGAAAGGAAAGGACUUGGUAGUGCUACCACCUUGUAUAGUACCUCACAGUACAGUUCCUGUACAGUUUUGUGCCUCUUGAGGACCCAGCCAGUAAGCCAUUAUACGUCUGAGCCGGACCUUGUAAAAGCACGUUUUCCCGAUCAGCUCCCUAUCAAACUGGUUCCGAAUGAGUAGGUUUUUUCUUACAAAGUACAAAGAUUGAUUUUUUGUACACUUUUGUACGCGUCAUGCGGCAGCGCCGCUCAGUCGGUUCAGCAGGGGAAGGAGUCCGCGCGUAACCUUCGGAUUUGUGUCGCUGGGUCACUUGAUGGUGCAGCAACGACAAGACACGAUUAGACGCUAUAAAUCAAAGAUCUGGCAAUUGAACUACGACCCCGCCGAGGCCGAGGAGAGUUUGAGCUCCUUGCAAGAUAAUCUUUGGCCGAUAAAAUCCACUUUUAAGCAUAUACAAAUGCCACGAAAAUCUUAUGUUAGCAUUACGUUGGCAUAGCCACAAAACUGAAGCCUGGAAGACUUACAGUCUGAAGCAUAUAGGACAGAGUAAACACCGCUCUUCAUGCUGAUCAAGAAUAUACACUUUAUGGGGUUCGGAGAUGCUUCGUUCUGCAUAAUUGUACAAUUCAAAGAGUAGGACGGGUAUCUAAUAGUCGGAAUACUCGACUAUAUCGAUUUAAUUGUAAGGCCCCUGGCCAUAGAUCUGCCAUAGAUUGUAUGUAUGUAGUUUUGCUUGUCUUGUCUUCUAAUAAUAAUACAUUAUCGACCAAUUUAGAGAAAUUUAA